AUGGAAGGUUUCAAUUGGUUAAACGUUCCCCCGCCGUCAGGAUCGACUUCUCCGGCUCCACCGGUGUCAUUCGGGUCAAAUCCUCUGCUCCAGCAACCUCUGCCAAGAGUUCAAUCACUUUCAACUGCUCUGGAAGACCAUCUUCCGUAUACAAGGAAGAGCAAUGAAUACGACGAUUCCAUGGGAGAUCAAAGCAUUCCACUUUCACUCAAAGCCCAGGAUCUCACCUUGCAAGAGUCGAAGACAUACAUGAGAUGGUAUAGUGAUAUACUUGCUCGAACAAAUACUCGAACAAUCAGUAUGAACGACGUGUACAAUUUUCUUGGCAACUUCAAGAUCAGUGCCGAGAUAAAGAACCAUAUCAACCGCAUAUUCAAUAAAAUACUAUACUCCAUCAAUAUCGGGGAGUUUUUUGCAUUGCUUAGGGUCAUUGCCCAUACAUUGAAUGGAGCCGAACCAUCAAGAAAGCUCAUUACCCUUCCAGCUUCUGUCCCUACUCCGCCUUCCAUUUUGUCUAAGAAACGCCAGAAUGACGAAGAGGAAGACACUGGAGUAUCUGCACCAUCAUCUCAGGAUCAAGACAAACCGCUUGACUUGGACAGUUUUACUCAAUUUAUUCUUACUGGUGAGCGACCAGAUGCACGAAAAGCGCCGUCGAAGAAACGAAAGUCGGUCAAGUUUUCUGACCAGAUAGUUACCGAUGUUCAUGACUCUGCCCAGAUGACUCCUGGUCACUCACCCCUGCCUCAGCCGCUUGACUACUCGCUCCCAAUGAACCAAUUGUUGAACAAUCUCAGCUCCAAAAAGACAGACGAUGAAGAGGCUCAGAUAUUGAGAGAUAUGGAACCCCAGAUAAACCACUUCCAAAACCUCAAUUCUGUGGACACAGCAUCCAUAGAUGGGGUGCCGUCCACCAUCCAUCCGCAUCGCCAUUCCGAGAACUUACUUAGACCCAAUAUGACGGGACCAGCGCAAAUGGCCCAUAUGCUCAGUCCAUCACCAUCAAGACAAACCCCACAGCUUUUGCAACCAAAUAUGACAGGACCAGCUCAAAUGGCAAGGCUUUAUGGUCUUAAUGGCAACCAAGAAGAACAACCUGCCCAUCCCCAGGUGACCAAUCCCGAGCAAAUGGCACAGCUAUUCUCGCCAGACCCUACUGAAAAGGUAGAUCCAACUCCUCGUGUUUCAUUGCAGUCGUUUACUGAUCAGAUGACUGGAAAUACUAUAGACAAUACUCUUCGCAAUGCUCAAUUGGGUUCAUCAGCAGAACGUGCACUCCCACCGCCUCCUGUUCCAGCUAGACGAAAUCGAUCAUUGUCCUCGCCAAUUCCAAAUUGGAAUACUGGUGAAGAUCAGAUAUCACCAUUGAAAAACAGGUCACAGAAUGGAAGACAAUUACCACCGCCUCCUCCUCCAUCUCGUCGAAGAGCAUCUCCUUCAGUUUCUUCACCUCAACCUCCAGCUUUGCCGCCCAAAGUAUCUAUCAAUGGAGACCAGCCGGAUCCCGUGCUGUUUUAUAAGCAUGAAACAGAGAGUAACAGUACUUCAGAUAUUCUCCAUGAUCUUCGUGCAUUACAAGAGGAAGUUGAUAAAAUUAGAGAUAUGACAGGAGGGUUCUGA